AUGUUUUUUCGCGGCCUUCUCGCGUUCUACGCAGUGACCUAUGUAAUUGCGCAGACCACCUAUGAUUCGCCUUUUUUGGCUCAAUUCCUUAUUCUGAGCGAUUAUUCCAUUUCCACUGUUGGUGGUGAUGCCACUCACACAACAUACAACGUUCGAUGUGACCGCGCUGCCACUCUUUGUUCGCUUCCUCCAACCGGCGUUGCUGUCUUCACUGCCCCUUCUUCCGUGGGACUCUCAUAUACAGAGCCAAUGGAAACCUUGACUUCCUCUGUGGGCUGCACCUACGUUGACUCUCGCGCUUCGGCAGUUUGUAUUAAUCUACUCGCCGCUCCGACCGAAAUCAUCGAGAGCGGCUCCUUGGUUCCAAGCAUGGUGACAUUUCGAUCUACAACGACACUACCUGCCGCCUCAGUUGAGCUAGGCUUCGGUGCAACGAGCACUGCUGCCGAUGCUGUUACUACUGGGAAAGCGGGAGCCACGGUAGACCCUACUUUGACAAGUACGGUGGCAAUGAGCACCACCACAGCUGUAAGUGAGACAAAAACCGGCGGCGCGACAGACACUUUUGGGCGUGGGAAUGCAGGUCUUGUUGCUGGCGCAGCAAUCGUUGGGCUGGGACUGAUCUAG